AUGUUUACGAUACGAGGCCAAUGGAACCCUGCUGCAAGCAUGGGAGAAGCACGUCUAUAUCAUACUGCAACCCUGCUUAAUUCCGGCAAAGUUCUUGUCACUGGUGGUGUGAAUGUAUCGUUCAAUACUCUUGCUAGUUGUGAAAUAUAUGAUGCAUCAAUGAACCAAUGGAACUCUGCUACAAGCAUGGCAACAGCUCGUUAUGAUCAUACCGCAAACGUACUCAGUUCGGGCAAAGUUCUUGUCAGUGUUGGUUUCGGAUCUUCCGCUUUUCUUGAUAGUUGUGAAAUAUAUGAUGCAUCAAUGAACCAAU